GCGACCAGUGUCUAAACUUUGUUGUUAAGAUACAGGUGUGUUGCCAGUCCCUCCCUCACUUGUCAUGGCGGUCAGAGACAUGGCGUGGUGCGGGUACACCACUCUUAUCUUCGCUCUGGGACUGGGUACAGUCAGUGGCGGGACUUCCUGCACCUUCACCAGGUAUGGAAGCUACUACCCGUAUUCUAACGGCUACACCAGCUACAAGUACUGUGUGUACGGCUGCUGCUCCACUGGCUGCUGCAGCUAUGACGACAGUUACAGUUACACCCCUUUGCCUGGCAUCAUCGCUGGCGGCGUCAUCGGCGGCAUUCUCUUCAUUUCGAUCAUCGUCGCCAUCGUCUGCUGCUGCAUCAAAAGCCAGUCACGACCGGGCCGCGUGAUACACUCGACAACUGGUACCUCCGGCAACGUGACGGUCGUCAGCUCAGCGAACCAGAUGAGCCAGGCGUGGUCAGCUCAGCCAGGCGCCAGUGCUCCAUAUGGCCCACAGUAUGGCCCACAGUAUGGCCCACAGUAUGGCCCCCAGUAUGGCCCACAGUAUGGAGCACAGUUUUCAGGGCCACCUCCUUACCAACCUCCCUCCGGCAACAAGGGGGGACCACCACCUCCUCCUUUCUACAGCGACCCGGCUUAUCCUCCCACCGGCACAGCCCACCCGGCUAUUUAGGGGUAGGCUACAUCCAGCUGUCAUGUGGGGGCACAGGUUACGAGGAUGUCGGGCAUCAGUAGUGCAGCCCUCGUGCUCCAUGUAUCAGAGUUCCUGCUGUAAUGUCAAACCAAUAUUGGCUGUGGUAUCGACAGGUCAAAGGUUGUGCCAGUUGUGACAUUUUCAGAGAUUUUCAGCGAGUGUAUGAACUUGGACAUGAGUGGGCGGUAAUAAGUUGAUUCAUUACAGUAAAACACAAAUGUAACAACCCCUCCCCUCAAGACUCCUUUCUGGAGAAAGAGAAAUGUAACAAGCUUGAUUAUGUUUGAGAUGUUUGGUGGUCAGUGUGUGGAGUCCAGUGAGUCCUCUGUCUCUGGACUUCAGUGUCCAGACCUUAUAGACAGGUGAAAGUGUGAGAUGCUGUGUUACCUUGAUUUGACACCGAGUGACAAUGAAUUCAGUCUGUUUGCUAUGAUAUGAUGAUGCAAAUAUUUAUCUAUGUCUAAAUGGAAAGAAAAUAAAAUUAGUUAAACACUUAAA